AUGACCAUCAUGGCUGUGAACGGGAAAGGUGAAUUCCUGGGCUCCUACCACACGGCUGUGACAGCCACCCGCAACGAGAUCAAAGGGUCAACCCUUCCCAGCACCGCACGAACGGGAACAGCCAGGCCACCUUUGGCUUCACCAUCAACUGGAGCUUUUCAGUGUGUGCUGGCUGGGAAGUGGACCAAUGACCUGGGUUCCAACAUGACCAUCAACCCCAUGAGCAGCAAAUGUAACUUCGAUGGCUCCUACAACACGUCUGUGUCAGACACCAGCAACAAGAUCACAGAGUCACCGCUGGUGGGGUCCCAGAACUGCACAAACCAGCCCUGGCCUGUAUUUGGCUUCACCGUCAACUGGGACUUUGCAGACUCUGUCAGUGUGUUCACGGGCCAGUGCUUUGUGGAUGAGGAAGGAAAGGAGAUCUUGAAGACCACAUGGCUCCAGCGGUUGCAUGUGGACAGCAUCAAGGAUGACUGGAAAGCCACCAGGGUUGGCUUUAACAACUUCACCCGUCUGCUCUCAAAGGAAGAGUGA